AUGGCCUCAGUUCUGGAAAAUCCGUCAGGCCAGUCGAGCGCCGACAGCUCGGCGGUUGAUUUGGCAGGCGCAGACAAAAAUGCAGCCGUGCUAGUUUUCAACGAACAAACUAAUUAUGUACCUAAGCGCACCAUUAUCACGAUCUUUUUGGCUUGUUCGAGUGUUGAUUUGCUGGCUUUGAUGGACCAGACGACCUUGGCGGCUAGUUUGUCUAUUAUUGGGAACGCACUGGGGGCUAGUGACCAGACCUCGUGGAUUUCUGGUGGUUACUUCGUGACAUCGACUUGCUUUCAGCUCAUCUACGGCAAACUGUCCGAUAUCUGCUCUCGCAAAAUUGUGCUAUUCGUCGGUCUUGGGAUCUUCUUUAUCGGAUCGCUAGCAGCGUCUCUCGCGCAGAAUGUCACCCAGCUCAUUGUCUUUCGAGCCUUGACGGGUGUCGGCGGUGGCGGGUUGAUGACCGUCGCCCAGAUGAUCGUCAGCGAUGUUGUCCCUCUCCGCGAGCGAGGCAAGUACCAAGGUAUUCUCGGUGCCGUGGUGGCAAUUGCCAACGGUAUCGGUCCUGUCAUCGGUGGAGCACUGGCGUCGAUUUCACAGGACUCGUGGCGGUGGAUCUUCCGAUUGAACCUGCCCUUAACGGCGAUUACAACCCUGGCCGUGCUGUUCUUCAUGCCUUUGCGGAAGGUCGAGGGCGAUUGGAAGCUCAAAUUGAAGGCUAUUGAUUUCUUCGGUGCAUUGCUGGCCCUGGGAGGUACCUCGGUUCUGCUACUGGGUUUGAACUGGGGUGGCGGCGAAUACCAGUGGAACUCGGUGCACGUUAUUGUGACUCUGGUGGUUGGGUUUGCUAUUUCGGUUGCUUUUGUUGGGUGGCAAUGGAAAGGCGCCCGUGUGCCCCUGGUGCCGAUGCACAUCUUCAAGAGCCGAAUCGUCAAUGGCGCUUGUCUCACCAUGUUCAUCAAUGGAUGGAAUUUCCUGGUCCAAGUUUAUUAUAUUCCCACCUUUUACCAGCUGGUGUUUGGCUACUCCACGGUGAAAGCAGGUGCCAUGUUGCUUCCUAUUACCCUAAUGCAAACACUCAGCAGUACCGGGUCCGGGCUCGUCGUUCAUUGGGUCGGCCGCUAUCGCGAAUGUAUCCUAUUCGGCUGGGUUAUCUGGGCCGUUGGACUCGGACUCUUCUCGACGCUGGAUCAAUCCUCAGGGCUUGGAAAGCAGAUCGGCUAUGGGCUCUUGACUGGUGUCGGCGUUGGAAAUACGCUGCAGCCAGCCUUGAUUGCCGUUCAAGCCGGUGUCGAGCGACGAGAUAUGGCCGUUGUCACCUCAUUCCGCAACUUCGUCCGAAACCUUGGCGGGACACUCGGCCUUGCAAUUGCCGGAACAAUAAUUAACAACAUUGUCGCAUCAUCCAUCUCAACCCUCGACCUCUCCGACUCCGAAUCCCGCUCUCUACUCUCCAGUCCUCGGACUUUCCUAUCCAAACAAUCUGCUGAAAACGCCAGUCACAUCCGAAGUGUUCUCAUCCCUGCUUAUCAGAAAGGGUUCCGGAUUAUCUUCAUUAUUGGGGCUUCGUUAGCAGCACUCGCCUUCUUCUUGGCGUACGGAUUGAUGCCCCAGCUUGGACUGAAGCGGGCAGAUGAUGAAGCAUUGAAAAAGGAAGGAGAAAAACGAGUGAAAGGCGAAUUGGAUGAAGAGAAACGAGGCUGA